UUCUCCAUCAGCAACGGUACGAGCCCUUUAGCGUCUCUCGCACUUAUCGAAUCUCGAAUCCAACAAUGGCUAAAGGAUGGCUCAACCUCGAAACUGCCACAAGCACCCUACCUGAGACACAGUUUUUUGAAGGAGACUCAGCGUUCAAGUUUCUCGGGCUUUCGAGGACCACAAGGUUAUAUGGUUUCAUAGGAUGCUUGGUGGUUGGCUUCGUUCUCAGUCUACUGGGGUCGAUAUUGCUGUUCAUCGGGCAACUGGGUAUAUUUGCGGUGCUCUAUGUUAUGGGAACGAUUGUGUCUCUCGUCGGCACGGGGUUCUUGAUUGGGUUCUUCAAGCAACUCAAGCUUAUGUUCAAGCCUGUUCGUGUUGUUGCAACAUUCGUGUUCUUGGGAUCCAUCGUAUUGGUAUUUAUCGCUGCAUUUGUGCUUGAUAACGAUAUUCUUUGCCUAAUAUUCGUUAUCAUCGAAUAUCUAGCCUAUACAUGGUAUACGCUGUCGUACAUCCCCUAUGCUCGCGCCGCAGUCACGAAAGCUGUCGGACUGGGCUAAUGGGCAUUCAGCGUUACAAUCCAUCAUUCGGGACCCUAUUAUUUUUCGUUGCUCAAAUGUCUCGUGUCCUGAACUACCUAUUCUCACGAUUGCUUGUCUCGUCAUUUU